UCUUGGACUCUAAUCUACGCAAGUCUCUGCAGUGAGAGAGUGAAUUCCUCGCUGUCAAUUUCUAGAAAACGGUGCAAUGAUGUUGCCAAGUGUUAUUGCGCCACCUGCCAUGUAUCCGAGCUUUCUGCGGCCCUCGCCGGCUCUUUCCUUGCCUCCAGCGUUACAAUCGGCGUUCACCACGCACUCGAGUUUCCUUGUGGAGGACCUGUUGCGGAUCAGCAGACCUGCCGCCUUCAUGCACAGGAGCAUCCCGUCGCCAAGCGCAUCUCCUCCAGCAACAGGUGCCACAACCUUGAACACAACCUCAUCCGCAGUCCACGUCGCCAUGUCUACUUCUUUGGCAAAAAGAUCAAGCUCCCCGCAAACAUCAAUUUCCAGCGAUCCAAAUUACCUGAAGUUUGGAGUGAAUGCGAUUCUCGCGUCAACAACACGAAAUGCUUCACCACCACCUUCAGUGCAAGGAAUGAAUGCAAAAACAUUUCCUUUCCCAUGUUUUGACGGAUCAUUCCAUCCAUUCAUCAGAGCAUCUUAUUUCCCAGCAUCGUCAUCAGCAGUUCCAAUUCCCGGAACUUUUGCAUGGCCACUCACAGCUCGAGGGAAGCCGAGGAGAGGAAUGCUUCGACGGGCAGUUUUCUCCGACGUACAGCGUAAAGCGCUGGAAAAGAUGUUUCAAAAACAAAAAUACAUCAGCAAACCGGACAGAAAGAAACUGGCCACUAAACUUGGUCUUAAAGACUCUCAGGUAAAAAUUUGGUUCCAAAACCGAAGAAUGAAAUGGCGAAAUUCCAAAGAAAGAGAACUUCUGUCGUCUGGAGGCUGCAGGGAACAAACUUUACCGACGAAAAUGAACCCAAAUCCAGAUCUGAGCGACGUCGGAAAAAGGUUUGAACAUGACGCGGUUCUGAGAGAAAGCCCGCGCGCGCCUUUCUGCCAAUCGCGCGGUGAUCACGAGUUCAGUGCAGAUUUACACUUCAAGUCGCCUUCAAUCUCCAGCAAGCACUCAGACUUCUCAGAAUCAGAGGACGAGGAAAUAACCGUUUCAUAAUCAUUAAACAAACUCUGUAAUUUCUGUUGACUUGCACAAAACUGAAAAAACGUGGUGCUUCUGUUUGGCACAGUUGUUUUAUAGGACACCUUUCAGUUAAGGAGAGAAUAACCGCUGCGUUUUUGGCAGCUUGUAUAGUGAUUUGUAUGAAUAUUUUGUAUGAAAUUUUUAUACCAAUAUUUUUUAUAAUCUUUCUUAAUGUUU